AUGAAAAUAAAUCUCUCAAUUUCACAUAAAGAACAGUUGGAAGAGUUUAAAAAUGGACCCUUUCUUGAAAUGUUCCUGAUUCUGUUUGAGCAACUCAGAAUGAACUUCCUGAAAAGUAAAAACAUUGGCAAUUAUUGGAUUGGACUGACUGAUGAAGCAGAAGAAGGUGUGUGGCGUUGGGUAGAUGGAACACGUCAUAGCAAUUCAUCUGGGUUUUGGUGUGCAGGUGAACCAAAUGACUUUCGAAAUGUCAAAAAUGAGGGUGAAGAUUGUGUUGCUAUAUGGAACAAGUACGAAUGCUCAAUGACGUGGAAUGAUAUACCUUGUCACAUGGAGCUGUAUUUUAUCUGUGAAAAACAAAACAGAUGCACACAUUUUUAAAAAGUGAUGUAUAUUUUAGGGCAAGUAAACAGAAAUAUGUGUGAAAUUCCAAAAUGAUGUGAAAAUUCCUGUUAUUUUGAAAAUGUUUAGAAAACAAUCUUAUGCUAAAAAUCUGACUAAAAAUAAUGAAUUCAUUUACUAACAUUAUGCAGACAGUCUUUAACAUUGUGUUAUUUCAGAAAUAUAAGUUCAUGGCUUAUUUUAAGUGACUUGUCUGCUAAGUCUUUAUAACUGCUUUUAUUUUUCGCUGGAUUAUGGUUAAUUGUCUUUUUAGAAUGAUCCCAUCAAGCCAGUUAUGAAAUAAAUAAAUAAAUACAACUCAGUCAA